UUGACUGCGACCAAUUAAACAAUCCAACCCCCAGCAUGAGCGGCAAACAACGCAGCACCCGGCUAACGCCUUCAAUGCCGCCAUCAGAGCCGAAUUUUGACGUCAAGGAUUCUUCAUUUUUCAGUAAAUGGGAUAAUCUACCUUCCCCAGAAGAGGUUUAUGAACAAGCAAAAGCCAAACAUCUUGCAGGUGCCAAUCUGGACAACAGAAGGAGAGUUUAUGAGAAAGGCCGUAAUGCGCGACCGUCGCCAGUGGUGUUUGAAGAUCUCGGGCUGCUUGUCAAGUGGGGGAGUGAGAUGAAUAUAUCAGAGGCUCAGUCCCUUUAUGCUAUUGCGCGAUCUCUCAAGGGUGGCAUUCCGGUUCCUGAGGUAUAUGGGUGGCGUACUGAAGGAGAGGAGACGUUUAUUUACAUGGAACAUAUCAAAGGCCAGACUUUGGAGCAGGUAUGGGAUACCAUGGAACCUGAGGACCGCAUUUCAGUAUCCCAUGAACUCCGGGCAGCCUUGGACAAUCUCCGUCAACUUGAACAGGAUCCGUCAGACCCUUUUAUAGGCAAUGUUGUACGAGGCCCUCUUUAUGACAGAGUAUUCCACAUCGAAUACAUGUCAGAAGCAGGACCAUUCCCCACAGUGCGUGCAUUCCAUGACUGGUGGACAUUUCUCCAUCGAAGACGAAUGUCCGAUCCACACUCAGUGCCAAUUGAGCCAUUUCGAUAUGGACUGCCAGAUGACAGCAGCAUUAAAUUUACCCAUGGCGAUCUGCACCCGAGUAACAUCAUUCUUACAUCCUCUUAUCCCUAUCGUGUCCUUGCCGUUAUUGACUGGGAACAGUCAGGUUGGUUACCUGAAUACUGGGAGACCCGAAAGGCCCGGCUCACUCAUAAUAGGAGUGAAGGAUGGUCGAGUAGAUACCUUCCCAUGAUUAUGGAUCAGUACACUAGCACCUGGGAUCCAUGGGACUACUAUAUAAUGUCUAUGGGAUGCUAGGCCAGGCACAGGAUAAUUAUGUACCACUUUUAUUAUUGUUAUUCUGAUGAUACACCCACACCCUGUUUAGUAACGACCGCCACUAUUUCUGUUUUCCAUCCAGAUCCGUGAACAACUCGUAUCCAAAGUCUGCGCUCGAGUCGUUGAAGCGACGUUUCUUGUCAAUCGAGUUGAUCUUAUUCAGGUCCGCAGCUUCAAGCUUGAAAUCACUCUGAAGGUUCUCAGCGAUUCGUUGUGGUGUCUUGGAUUUGGGGAUGACGGCGCGGCCAUGUGCGAUGCCCC